AUGGUGGCCAGAGACCCGUACUCGGUCCCAAAGUCGUGCACUUUUGCAAUUUUUCAUCCAAUGAAACCUUCCACUCUGACAACACCCUACAUGGAGAAAGAACAAAAAAAAAAGAUCAAAAGAGAGCAUUGACCUUUGACUAACCCCCACUUACUCAAGUAUAAAUCUAGACGGCCCUUCGCAUCCAUAUCGUCCACCAUGUCAGCUAAACAAGCAGGAAUCUCGUUAUUGAAACAAUUGGCUGUGCAAGCUCAAACUGUGAGGAAUGCCCUCAAGCCGGAAUUCAAGACCAUUGCUGAGAGAAGAGGCAAUACCGAAGUUAAAGUUGUUAAAUUCACUGAUGGUGUUCAAGGUGACGUUAAGGAAUUGAAAGCUAUUGACUCAUAA